AGUGAUUACGCAACCACUGAUGCAGACAUAACAAGAAACAAAAGAGAAAGGAAAACUAAAUUUUCCAUGAAGCCAUUGCUGGCAUAAAAAAUGAUUGACUGAAAUGUAGAGUGGGAAAAAGAAAUCAUCAUGAACUGUGUCAAGUGCCAUAAUCCACUUCAGGACAAAGACAAUUUUUGUCCCGAGUGUGGACAGAAAGUGUCGAGGGAUACCACAGCCAAGUCAGUCCCGUGCCCCAGUACCAUUCAGGAUGGGGCCAGGACCCCUGAACCCUGUGGGGAGGAAAUCAAGGAAGGAAGGAGAUUUUGCAAUAAGUGUGGAUGGAGGAUAAAUCCUGCUUGUUUCCUACCAGGUGCAAAAAUGUGCAGUGGAAUGCACCAUGUGACAACAUUGUGACUCCCAACAUCAUGUUCUGCUCAGAGUGCGGGACAACCCCAGGCUCUGGGACACAGAAUACAGAUAGUUCUAACAGAAAUACCAAUAAUUCAAAUCCUUUGCCAUCAACCAAACAGAAUCUACUUGAAUCUGGAAUGGCACAAAGUGAUGCAUUACUUACACUUGAUAAAGAUCCGACAAAAAACACUCUUCCAGUGAGAACUGAAGAUGAAGAAAAAUCCUGUUCUGUCUCAAGAAGUUCAACAGCUAUUCAAAGCGUGGAUAAAGAUAUGAAAAAUCUCUCUUUGAAGGAUGCCAAUAAAGAUGCAACUGUCAAACACACAGGAUGGAGUGAUAACAAUCUUGAAAAGAAAAUGGUUACAUCCCAGGAAAAACUUGAUGAUCCACAACAGAGUGAAAAUUUGAGUGACAAAACAGAGAAUCCUUUUACUGAGCCUGGAAAGACAGAAGAAUUAGAAAAGAAAGACAUAAUAGAAUCAGGGGGCCGAAUGGAAGACUGUGUGACAAUUGACUUGAAUAAAUCACAGCAAUUGAAGAAUGACUCUCAGUUUGAAUCCAGUGAAGCAAGUCAAAAGAAUCAACUGUUGGACAAAAAUAUACAGUCUCCUCCAUCUGGCGGCCAAAUAUUUCCAACACCAAACCAAAGUGGAAAUAUAACGCACACAAGAUCACAGUCAGAUGAUAAUGCGAAAGACCGAGAUGAGGAAAAAUCAUCUGAUAUUUGGUGUCCACCCAAAGACAAAGCAAAAAUAGAUGAAAGUGCAGCAAAUGCUAAAAAUUUAAAGGACGGCUGCACGCUCAGUGACAGUGUUCAAAACAAAAGCCAUGAACAGAAUAGCUUGCAAAACAAACAGCAGACUGAGCAAGACAAUGAAAACAGAAAAGAGGCUGAAAGUCAAGAUGAAUCAGACAGUGAUACAGAGAGCAGCAGUGAAGGAGUAUCGGAUAAAGAAAGCGUAUCAGAAGUUGCGGGAUCACAGCCAAAGAGAAGGAAGAAAGCAAAAAAGAAAGGUAGAGAGAAGUACAUGAAGAAAAAGGCCAGGAAAGAAAAAUCAAAAAGCAGCAAAGAAAAGGAUUAUGUACCAGAGGAAGCUUCCAGUCUGACUCAAAAGACGCCAAAAGUAAAUGAGGCCAUGGAAAAAAGCAAUGAAAUUCCUACACAAGAAAAACCUUCAGAUGUUGGGAAAAGAGAUUCUUCUGGAUCAUCAGAGCCUGCAAAAGCAGUAUCUCAGUCCACAACAACCACUGGAAGUAACUCAACGGCUUUUCCUUCACAAAAUGAAUCAUCAUGUGACCCAUUGUCACAGGGACAAGCUGGGUAUGGAGAUGGAACAAGUGUUGAUCCACCUGCCAUGAAUAUUGGAGACAGUAAUGUACAGAACCAGAAUUUGUCUACAGCAUUCAGUGGAAGAUCUUAUGCAGAUGCUGCAACAACAGGAAAUGUUAUGAUGACAAGAAGCAAAACUGAAAGUGUGGAAAUAAAUUUUUGUGCCAUUGCAUCACCUAAAUUUCUUGUCAAUCUAUCAAAUAGUCGAGUUUGCUUGAGAUUCAGUGCAGUUGAGUUAGGAGGAAUGAAUAGUUUUUGGUCAACAUCAUGGACACAUACUGUUGAUGGACAUUAUGCAAUAUCAUCAAAGGUGAUAGUUCCAAGAAGUGUUCUACGUGACUUGGGAUUAACAUACUGCUACUGUGUCCUAAUUAACAAUGACUAUAAUAAUCCAGUUGAUGAGUAUUACUACAAUUAUAUCAGAACAGAUGCAGGGAAUAAAAGAGAACUGUCUCAUAGAGACAAUUUAUCAGAUAUAUGGUGGCAAUAUGAUGGUGUGCUCAAUCCGUUUCCAGAGAAAGGUAUCUGGCAGAAAAUUAAGACAGCUGCGGGCUUUGAUGGAUAUGAGAAGAAAAUGGAGACUGAUCUUUUCUUGUUUGUAAAAGGGUACUUCCCAAGAUGGAAACAUUUUUUCACAGAUGGAAUUGAUAGUUCCCCUGCUGAUAUUACGAAAACUUUGGAUAUGCUGUACAAAGGGUUAAAAAAGGCUUAUUACAAAAAUUUGAAGAAGUGGAAAGUAGAGACAGAUUUCAAACAAACUGUUGGAAAGGCAAUAUUUGAUGUAGUGCGUCCAAAAUUUGCAGACCUGCAGAACAACAAAGACAUUGUUGGAGCAAUUGGCGUGAUGUGUGUGUUGGAUGACUUUGAAAUUGCUUUGAAUCAAAUAGGGAAAAAUAUCUUGUUUGAAAGUUUCAUCUUGAAUGGAAAUCACAAAGAUAAGAAAUGCCCCGAGUACGAUACCUUGAAAGAGAACUACAGAGGAAUGAUUCCAAAAGUGCAGGAAGCAAUGAGAAAAUUGAUCAAGUCUGUGAAAAGUGAAGAGGAUCCAACAUGGCUGUGUUGUCUUCCUCUAUUUCAUUUUUUGUGUGGAAAGCUGAGACCUUUUGAUGAAGUCACUCUCAAUGAUACCCAUAAUGCACGAAGACCAGUUUGGUGGGGAAAGGAAGAAGUCUAUGAAGAGAUGGCAUAUUUAAAGGGAAAAACAAAAUGGAGCAAAGAACCAGGUGUUAUAAUGAGGAAGCUGGAACCUAUGUUUGAGAUAGACUUUUAUCUACCAAGGUCUUUUAUGGCCGUUUUACAAUUUGACAAGCUUGACGUAGUCAAAACCAAAGUUUUACCACCAGAAGUGACCUUGGCUGGGCUCUAUUACUUCUUUAAUACUUAUAUAGAGCAUUUUGAUGGUGAUUCAAAGCGAAAGACUGUAUAUGAGUGUCUAGAAGUUGUUACCGCACAGAUUAGAGAAUACUGGGAGAAAGAUGCUCAAGAAAUCACUCAUAACAUGUUAAGCAGUGCUUACUUGUGUGUAAGAAUUGGUGGAGAUUUAGUCACUGUAGCUUACUCUAAGCAUCGCAGGCUGACUGGUCUCAUGGCCAGAACAGUUGAGGCUUACAUGGUGUCACUAGCAGCAUUUGAGAAAUUGGUAACACAGGACUGUGAAGAAUUGAAGAACUUUUCAAAGAAAGAUAAAGAUGUCCAUUUAACUUCCAUGGAUGAUAAGAGAACAUGGAUAACUGUUUGGCUUGACAGCUUCAAUUUUUUGUACACUGUGCAAGAGGAUCUGAAGGUAUGGAAUCGAGUGUUGUCAAUUGAACUCCCUGACGGAACUGCAGUGAAGAAUGCCCUUAUGAAUGAGCUGAAGAACAACUUGCAAGCCACUCUUGACAGAAAGACACCAUCAACCAGAGAAGACUUGGUGGAAAUAUACUGCAGUGGUACAGAAGAGUUUUGUGCAGUCGUGCAGGAAAUUCUUGGUGCCUAUGCAUUCCAGGCACUAGAUAAAGGAUAUAUAUGUGAGGACAGGAUAAUGAGUGGUCCAGGAGCAACAAAAUAUGGCAGUAUGUUAUCAAGACUGUUUGAGAGAUCUUGGGAGAAGAACCAGUUGUGUGAGACCAAACCAAGAGCUAUUCUGAAAUUCACAUUGUCAUGGAAACCUUUUGUACAUUUCUUAGAAAUGUUUUAUCAAAGAGAGAAGUCAGACGUUUUGACUGGUGAUUGUCAAACUCAUUUCACUCAAGCUGCUACCCUGCUAAAAGAUUUGCUGAACAAACUGCUAACAGGAACGAUUUGUGUAGGAGACAUUGAAUUGAUCAAUGAGUCUGUGGAGACUUUUUUGCGAGCUAACUCCAUCAUUUGGAAGUGUGAAAGAAAUGAAGAUUUAGAUCAGUCUUUGGUGAGAGAUUCUUUGGUUCUGAGGUGUAAAGAAGUCAGGAAAUUUGAAGAAGUGAAAACAAAUGUUGGUAUCCUGGUCCAAAUGUGUCAACACUUCAAUGUGGAUUUGACAGACAUUGAUAGAAAGAUGGAAGAAUUUUUACAGCUAGAUGACAGAAAGUUGUGUGAAGUUUGCAAACCCGCCUUUAUAGAGAAGGUGGCAGAUAAAGAAGCUUACGAUCCAGUGGUAAUAGCCUUCAACUUGUCCCCGGACAUGCAGGCAGUGUUGGCAGAUCUUAAAAGGUUAUCCCAAGGAUCUCUCUUUUUGAAUAUGUGGGCUGAGCAAGGGAGGCAGACAGAGAAAAGAAAGGGAAGCCCUCUGACAGUUGAUGAAGUCAUGGAAAAUGUUUGGCAGGUCGUGUACCCAGCUUGGUUAAAGCUCAGCAAGCGUAUUGCCACUGGGGACAUUACUUUCAAGGAAUUUCAAGACCAUUUUAGAAAUGUGUCCAUUGAUAAUUUAGAACAGCAGUUAUCACAUUUACCUGAGGGCAAAAAAGGCUGGAUAAAGGAACGCCUACAGCAAGUACAGCAAAACAGAGAACUUGAGCAGUGUGUCACGGGAGCCAAUGUUAUACUUAGGGUUGUCAGAGAGUACAAUUUGAAGGGUAACUUUGAACCCAUCAAGAUGAUUGUGGAAAUGGUGCAGGGAACAGACUUAGAUGCCAGAAUGAGUGAAUUUAAUACAUCGUUGAUAGAGGCAUGUAAUGUUCUAAAGGGAAUCGGAGAAGAGGAAGCAAAGUGCCUAGAGGAAUUUAUCAACUGUAAACAGCUUAUUGAAUGGUUAAGAACAUCAAUGGAAAGUUUGAAGGAGUUAAAAGUGUUUGUUGAACUUGCAAGUAUUUCUGCUGGUGAAGGUGACAUGGAGGUCGCAAAGGUCAAAUUCCUGCAUGCUGCCACGACUGGAUAUGCUCCACUGAUUUUCAACUUGGAUGACCAGUGUGAUUACUCCAAGUUUUUAGAGAAAUGCCAAGUCGUCUGGAAAGAGCUCAAGGCUGAUCCACAUCUACCAACAAAACUGAAAGACACAAAUAGACAGUUGGAGUGGCUGAACAGUGUAAAGUCUGCCCAGGGCUCAGUAGAGGUGACGUCCAUGAGACAAGCAGAGGCCAUCAACUCUGUAGGGAUAUACAUGGUGGGGAAGAUUGAUCCAAAUCUACAGAAAGAAAAACCUACACUAGAUGAUGUAUUGCAACUACAUGUACAGAGAGAUGAAAAAGGGUCUCGUCUUCAAAGGAAAUACCAGUUUAAAGAGCUCCAAGAACUCCAGAGCAAACUUAUGCUGGUGGCUGGCAAGGCAGAACUUGGUAGAUAUGAUGUGGAAAGAUUCACCAUUGUUUUCGAUGCAAUAGUAAGACUUUGCAAUGUGUACAUCAAACUUGUGUCCUCUGGCUGUGUACUGUUUACUAACUGGCAAGCAAGAUUUCUGUGUGAUCCUGAUAGAAAAGUGUGUGCAUUUGUUAAAUUUGGAACUGGAGAGGGCUGCACUCAGUUGAAGGGCAGGAAAAGUGAGGAAGAGGAUGUUAGCACCAUAAUACCAAACCUGGCCAAAUCCAUGGAAGGAUGUCUAGAAGAGUGGCUAAAGUAUAUUGACCAGAAAAGAGAUGAAUAUCACCACUUAAAUUUCUUCACUAUUGAUCAGAUGGUGAUUUUACAGAAGGAGCUGGUUUUAAUGGGAGGCGAGGUAGAGCCAUCUGAUUUUAUUUACCCACUUUUAUCAGUUAUCAAACAUGACUGUUCAAAGAUGGAUUUGAUUGGUGCCCUGAAAAAGGCCAAAGGUGAUGUUUUCCAAAAAGAGGCUGAGCAGGAAGUUCUGACAAAUGAAGAAGAGGAGGAAAAGAAUGUUGAUUCAGAUGAUGAAGGUCAGACAAAGGCCACCGCGAUUGCAAAAUUCAUUGCCACCAUCACAGAAUCAGGAUUCUCAGAGAAACUAGCAAGAGACGCUUUGAGCAAAGGCAUGAUUGAACCUGACGAGAUUGAUGAAGGUUUAGUGUGGUGUGUGGAUCAUGAAGAGGAAUCAAAAGCCGAUUCAGAAUUAGAAAUAUUAAGUGAAGAGCAGGUGGAGGUGGUAGUUGAGGAAUACCAAGGCUGGACAAAAUCUGAGAUGUCCAUCUCCAUCAUGACUCAAAACAUUCUGUCUGAUCUUCAGAAAAACACCACAGCAGCAGACACCCUGAUCCCAGACCUAGAACAGUUGUGGGAGGAAUUCCUGUCCUCUAUUUCCUCCAGUGUCUCAGAUUAUCUCAGUGUGGAACAUCUGGGGAUCAUUCUCAGGAGACUCGCAGAAACUGAAACAUUUACAGUGAACCGACCUUUUCUCAGUUGUUUUAAAAGAGGAGAACCAAAUUUGUUACUUUGUCCACAAGAUGAGAUAUUGAACACUGUUCUGACAAUCUACAGCCAUGAUCCAGAUCAGCCUCUGCCUCAGUCGGACGAGAUCCUCAUGUGUACUCCACACACAUCUCUGGAUGAGGUGGAGAUAUUUUGGAGGAGAGCUGUACUUGACACAACAGACAGAAUCCAUUGUUUGGUCAGUGGGGACCUGCUGGAUUAUGAAGUCAGUGAUAAAGGGGAGAGAAGGCUGGAACAUCACAUGCAGAAAGCUGUGGAACUUGAUAUUCCCUACAAACUGGUGGUGGUGUGUAGUACAGAGAGGGAAUACCACUCCAGAAUUGUGGCGGCCCUGGACAAGUACAGACGCCCCCCUCUCCCUCUGAUGACACAUGACAACAUGACCAAAUACAUCAAGGAUAAGCUGACCUUUGACAUCAGGAGACCUGGUGCAACCCCUGCUGCUGAAGCCGACUUUGAACACUGCACAGUGAGAGUGGUGAAAUCAUGGAGAGCAGGAGUUGGCAAGAGUUUACACAAGAAAAGAUUGGCAGAAAAACUACAAGGUCUACACAGUGGUGUCAUUAGAAGCAAGAAGGCAGUGGUAUCUAUACCUUUACACGAGAGGGAAAUCUCCAUUGAUGACAUCAUGGGUGAACUCCUGAAGAACAUGUUGCAUCCUGGGAAAAUAGAACCACGACUGUUUCACAUUGAUCUUUCUCAUGAGGUCCAGGAGGGGGUGGACUACCUGCUGUUCCAGCUACUGAUCCUGGGCUGUCUGACCAAUAGUACUGGACACGUGUGGAGGAAGCUGCCCUACGACCUCUACAUUGUGGAGACCAUGCCUCUACUGGCCAGGGACUUCCAGGAGCAGAGAGGCUUUAUAAAAUGCAUGCACAGAUGUCUGGAUAUUCUGCCUGAUGUGACUUGUCGCUCUCCUCAUGAAAGUCUUAAGAAAUACCAAGGAAAUGCUCCAGAUAUUGGACAGAAUGACUUACUAUUUGACGAGAAGGAGUUCCAGAGCAACGUUUUCCAGAGACCAUUCCAAUACCUGUACAGAUUGGACAUGGGUCGAGGCCUGGGGGAUGUAGAUAUGAGGAGGACAGAGGGAAACCCCCAAACCUGUCUACAGACACUGCUCAAACAUUGUGGAAUCAGAGACCCUUCCUGGGCUGAGCUAAGACAUUUUGUCUGGUUCCUGAACACACAACUGGUGGACUUUGAGAACUCGGCUUUCCUUGGACUUGCAGCUGCACAAGAUCUCCCAGGAUUUUCACAAUUUGUCCUAAGAUUUCUCAUCCAGAUGUCAAGAGACUUUGCUACACGGUCGCUGAACAUGAGUGAGGAGUCCCCCAUACAGAUGUUACAGAGGAUGGAGUCUGAGGAGGAGGAGGAGAAUGAGGAGGUCGUGCUCCGUCAGUUUCAGCUCAGGAGGACAUGGGAGAGCAGCCCCCAUCCCUACUUGUUCUUUAACCCUGACCACAACUCUAUGACGUUCCUGGGAUUUAACAUAGAGAGACAGUCUGGUAACCUGAUAGAUGUACAAACAGCGACCGUUCUAGAACAGGGGAUCAUGCAGAGAAAUCUGCAGGAUGCCCUCACCAGAAACAGGGUCCCUAUCAAUGAAAACUUUGACAGUCUACCAAGAAUUCAAAAACUCAUCAAACUGUGUAGUGUGAUGGGGGUAGAAGAUGUAUUUGACCCUGACCCGACUUAUGAACUUACAACAGACAAUGUCAAGAAGAUACUGGCCAUCUACAUGCGCUUCAGAUGUGACAUCCCUGUGAUUAUUAUGGGAGAAACAGGCUGUGGAAAGACCCGUCUGGUCAAAUUCAUGUGUCAGCUUCAGUGUCCUAUUGGGGUGGAGGUCCAGAAUAUGAUCCUUAUGAAGAUUCAUAGAGACACACGUAGAAGUGACAUCCUCAGGAAAGUGCUGGAGGCUGAGAGAAUAGCUCAGGAGAACACAGCUAAUUAUGGUCAGAGACUGUAUACUGUGUUGUUCUUUGAUGAGGCCAACACUACAGAGGCUAUAGGUCUAAUCAAGGAGAUCAUGUGUGACCGAUCAAUGGAGGGGGAACCACUCAAACUCUGUCAGACCCUGAAAAUCGUGGCUGCUUGUAACCCCUACAGAAAACAUUCUGAGGACCUGAUCAAGAGACUAGAACAAGCUGGACUGGGGUACCACGUGGAUGCUGACAAAACCACAGACAGAAUGGGUACUUUUACUUUCAUCAAAGACGUCCGAGUUCCAAUGAGGAGAAAUGUCUAUCAAAAGCCCCUCCCCAGAGUAUGCUUCCCCAGAAAUGACUUUGGACAACUGGACACUAAUGUGGAGGAAAUGUACAUCAAACAGAUGGUCCUCAGAUACAUUGGAGGAGGAAAACUUCCAAAUGAACCAAAUUUAGACACAACAGUCAGUCAUAUUCUUACAUCAGCUCAGGAAUUCAUGAGGAGACAACAGGAUGAAUGUAGCUUUGUGAGCCUGAGAGAUGUGGAGAGAGUCCUGGAGGUGAUGAGCUGGUUCUACAGACAAAGUCAGGGGGAGACAAACCUGUUUGAUCUGAUGGAGGAGGAGGAGGUCUUUUCUCUAGAAGAAGACAUGCUGUAAAAAUGACCAAUGAAAUCAUUGCAGGCUGUCAGUAAUUUGACAAAGUCACUCGUUCUGGCUCUUGGAGUGUGCUACCAUGCAUGUCUGAAAAACCGAGAGAAGUUCAGAAGAGAAAUGGUUGAUGAGUUUAGACCUCCAUGUAUCCUUCCUAUAGGUGGUGGGCAAAGAGGGGCUGAACAGAUGUUGGACAUUAUCACCAGAUGCCAGAAUGUUUUCUUGGAGAUUGAUAACUUGGGAGCCAACAUUGCUAAGAACCAGGCUCUGAGAGAGAAUGUGUUUAUGAUGGUGGUCUGUAUAGAGCUCAGAAUUCCUCUUUUCUUGGUGGGAAAACCUGGCAGUUCUAAGUCCCUGGCUAAAACCAUUGUAGGUGAUGCCAUGCAGGGAAAUGCUGCUCACACAGAGAUUUACAGGAACUACAAACAGGUCCAGAUGGUGUCCUUCCAAUGCAGUCCUUUGUCUGUACCAGAGGGAAUUGUGGGUACUUUCCGUCAGUGUGCCAUGUACCAGAAAGACAAAGAUCUCAACAGAUUUGUGUCUGUUGUUGUUCUGGACGAAGUGGGACUGGCCGAGGAUUCUCCCAGAAUGCCCCUCAAGGUCAGAUUUAAGACAAACAUUUCUGAUUGUAUCACUGAUUACAAUCCACCUGCUCAUUCUUAGGUAGCCUUUAUAGGGAUUUCUAACUGGGCUCUGGAUCCUGCCAAAAGGAAUCGUGGAAUCCUUGAACAGAGAGAAAUUCCCUGACCUGGAGAACUCAUAGAGAGUGCAGAAGGAAUAUGCUCAAGUAACAGAAGGAUAAGUAAGAUGAUAAAGCCGCUGAUCAAACCCCUGGCAGAGUCCUACCUACAAGUGUUUAAAUCUGUCAUUACAAAGAGGGAGUUCUUUGGAUUAAGGGAUUUCUACAGUUUGAUAAAGAUGGUGUACAGUUUUGCUGAGAAGAACAACAAGAAGCCCACCUGGUUGAUGUUACAACACUGCAUCAAGAGAAACUUUGGAGGAUUUGAACACUCAGCAGAGCAAGAUCCUUUAGCCGUGUUCUCAGAGAAACUCAAAACAGUGGAAAAAAUUCUAACGCCUUCCCCAGGAGAUCCUGACUGUACACCUGCUGGUCUCAUUGAAGCCUGUCUCCAAGGUGACGGAGUGGACAGUGAUACACGAUACCUGCUACUGCUGACAGAAAACUACGGAGCUUUGACCGUUUUACAACAGAAGAUUCUGACAAUGAAGAACGCUAUUACAAUAUUUGGUAGCAGUUUUCCAAGUGAUCAAGAGUACACACAGGUUUGCCGAAAUAUUAAUCGUAUCAAGAUCUGCAUGGAAACAGGAAAAACUGUGGUUCUUCUGAACUUGGAGAAUCUGUAUGAGAGUCUCUAUGAUGCCCUUAAUCAGUAUUAUGUCUACUUUGGAGGUGAAAGAUAUGUAGAUCUUGGAUUGGGAACUCAUCGUGUCAAGUGUAGAGUGCACAAGAAUUUCAGGUUGAUAGUGGUAGCAGAGAAGGAGGUUGUAUACAGACAGUUCCCCAUUCCUCUGAUCAACCGACUGGAGAAACACUUCCUCAACAUCUCCACCAUGUUGUCUCCAGUCCAAGUCAGCCUGGCUCACAAGUUGCAAAUUUGGGCAGAGGACUUUGUCAAGACAACUCUACCAUACUCAAGAAACCCAAGGGAGAAGAAAGCAGGGUAUAAGACAGGAGAUGUCUUCAUGGGCUUCCAUGCUGAUACAUGUGCCUCAAUAAUCCUCCAUGUCUGCCAGAAAUACAGCGAUGAUGACUUGGAAACCAUUGAACAAGAGGUGAUGCAAGCUGCCAAAGAAGUCUUACUGUGGUGUGCCACUCCUGAUGGUGUAUUGAGGGCCAAACAGAAACUUCCUCCUCGAGAAUUUGCAUUUGUGGAGAACAUUUACUAUGAACAGCAAAAACAUGAUAAUUUGUUGUUCUACCUUGACCAGAAGAUUGGGAUGGAAAAUAGUAAUGGACUGUAUGCUCAGGUGACUACCAACUCCAAGCUGAUCACCACAGUUGAUAAAGCAGAGCUGUCCCAGUACCUCCACAUUCCUCACACACAGAUCACACUACUCAAUCUUCAGUCAUUUGACACAGAACAGCAGUUCUGUAGACAAGUCAAACAAAGUUUUGAGAGAGACUUGGAAUCUGAGUCCCUGUUGAUUGUACAGUGUGACAGUGGAAAUGAGAAUGCCAGCCUUGUGGCCUGUGCCCAGUAUUCUGUGCUAGAUCAGCUACAACAACUGGAAGAUGAGAAGACAGGGAAAACACACAUUGUCUUCAUCAUCCAUCUCCCAAGGGUGGCGGGUGGAGGAUUUACGGGAUUCCAGUGUGGUCUGUGGCACUCAGUUCAUCUUGAUGACCUUAGACCAGAUGAUGAAAAAAUGCCUGGUUUUAGGGAUCUGAAGAAUAAGAGUGUUGGCACUUUACUAGAAAAAGCAGCUGGCUCCUCUAAACCCAGAGACACUGAAGAAAUGGAGUGGGAGGGGAGGCCAGAUCAGGAUAAACAGGAAACUGAGGACAUAGAAAUGGAGGAUCAGGAUAUUUAUCCACAUGACUUUGGCAGCAUGAUGGAGCGCACAGGACAAGUCCAUAAGGAGAAGAAAGUGGAUAUUCCGUUCUUCAUCAAACUGACAGCACAUCCAGCUCUGGCCAUGGUGAAAGAUCCAGCUGAGGACUCCGCCAGAACAACAGAGAGAGUGAAAAUUCUGUUAGAGCUUCUACAUCAAGAAGCAAAAGAAAAAGUGACAUUCAUGCAAGGAGUGGGGCGCCACCUAGCGGCCUUGAUGAAGGAGAAAGAGGAGACCAUGGGGCAGUCUGCUGAGAGUUGGUUGUAUUCAGAGGCCACCAACAGGGACUGUAUUGACAGAGUGGGGACAUUCAGAAAAGCUAGAAACCAGUGCAUCAUUGAGAAAUUAUCCCCCAUCUUGGCUGGCAUCAUUGCACAAGUGGACACCAACAGUAACCUUGACCUUUUGAUUAAGACUGACCCCGAUACAUGGGAGCACAAACUCUGGCUUGAGAUCAUCAAUGACCCCUCAGCCACACAGAUAGAGUAUUCCAUGAUUGUGUCCCCCAAAAGACACCAGGAACUUCCUGAGGUGAUGGUGAGGGGGACGGGGUGUGAUGGACAGAAAUUUACAGCUCAGAUGCCUUUCUCCUGGCUCAUCUACAAACUGAUUGACCGGAUCUUGAGAACCUCACAGAAUGUAGAGAAUAUUGAAACAACACCAGAAUUAGUCAUUAGGGUAACAGGUAUUAUAGAGAACACAGCACUUGGGAAAGUGCUUCAGAAAUGUCUUGGUGGGAUCAAGGUUCCUGACUUUGUCAAGCCAUAUCUCUGUGAUUUUGUUAACAUGGUAUAUCAUGUGACCAGUGUUGAGGAGCAUGGGCUUGUGUGUGAAAAUUUACUGAAUGGAAUGAAUAUGGACUUCAGAGAAGGACUACAGAGUAUUGUGAUGAACUUAGUAGCAAUUCAUGCUGUACACAAUAAAUAUGUUCCAAGACUGAGGAAUUUUGCCAGCAUUACACGAGUGUGGCCUGAAUGCAGUGACAAAAUCAUUGAGUUUCAGCACAAAAGUACUCAAUUUUACCUUGUCACAAAUGAAGAACUGACUCUAGAUAUACUUGGCCUCUACCUGCUGCUACAAUCCUUGGAGCCUGGGAAGGACUCACUCAAUGACAACAGGGGCAGACAACACUGGCAGAAACAGGUGCUCAAGUACCGACCUGUGGUGGAGAGGAUUCUGGGACAGUUUGUACAGGAGGUGGAUCCAUCAGGAGCGGCAGAGUUUGGGAGAAGAUGUUGGGAGGGCAGUAAGGAGGCUAGGUGUAUGUGGACUAGGAUCACCGUGAUGAAGCUGUUCCUUCAGCAUGUUUGUUCUGACGAUACACAGCCAACAGAGAGAUGCAUGAUGCUCUGGAUGAUGCUGAAGGAUAAUGUUGACUUUAAGAAAAUAGAAUCUUUGGAAAAGGUGGAAAAAUUCUUAAAGAUCUGCAUGAAAAAAGUUGUGAAAACAGCAAUUGGGGGUCAGACAAACUGCACAGCCUGUGAGAGUGAGAUCACAGAGAGACCUAUACAACUCCCCUGUAAGGAUGUCAUCUGUAUUAAAUGUUAUAACGAGAUGAAGAUUCUGAGAGCUACUGAGUGUCCUGCUUGUCAUAGUGAGAUUUCUGGGGAUUUUGAUCCUCAAGAAGACAAUACACAAAGAAUAAAGUUCAAAAAGCUACAAGAAUUCCAAAGACGUUGCAACAGCUUUUUCAUGGAUCUGGUAUCUCAGCUUUGCUUCUCUGAUGAUGAACCACCAUCCAGACAAGUAGUUGAGAAGCUCAUGUCUCACAUCACAGCUACAGCUAAAGGUGGCAAAAUGGCCAGCAAGGAACUGUCAGUGUUUGAGGAAGGCAUUGAUCCUACACCAGUCCUACGAUCCUUCCUUCUACAACACCUGCUGAGAACUAACUCUGAUGAAGUAAGACAAUGCCUGGGGGUAUAUUUGGAUCAAGUGGAGAAAAUGAUGUCCCUCACAGAAAAUGAAGAGAAAAUGAUAGAACUGUCUCUGUUGGUCAUUCAGUGCCUAGAGGAUUCCUAUGAUCAAGAAGCAACAAAAGGUGAUGACCCGGAAAAAUCUAAAAUCAAGAUGGCUACCCAGAUGCUUCAGCACAAUGUCCAUCUGGUGAUGAAGGAGGGGUUAGAUGUAGAGAAGCUGUACUGUAUGGCUGAGACCAGGUUUGGUCUGAUUGUUGUGGCUGAGAUCCUCCACAAGUUACUGGUGGAGAAGUCUAUAAAGAUGGGACAGGGUGUCAGAAGACUUCUAGAAGCUGCUGGUAGGCUGUGUGACGAAUGCGGGUCAAAGCAGCCAAAGUUGUUCCUGAUCAAACAUCUCUGCCGAUGCUUUGGGUUGGAGACCUAUCAAAAAGUCUGCAAGUCAAGUGAUACUGCCACAGUUCGCUGGUUAAGUGUACCAGAACUCCAGAAAAAUGAGAUUGCUGAGUGCAGUGACAGGUUUAUUGUGUGUGGAGACCAGUACAAAACACUGAGAGAGAAGUUAACCCAGGCAGCCCUGGGACAGAAUAUGGAGCUACUCAACACAGCUAUAGAGAGUACCAGGGUUCCUGAUUUCCAGAAAAGAACACUAGCACUCCUGGCUGUGUUUAGGGAAAUAACUAUGUCCUAUUUAUACCCAGAAAACAAGAGGAGAGUUACUGCUGCUGCUGUUGAACUAUUACAUCAGUUUAUGGCACAACAUCCCCUGUUUGCAAAUCAGGUUGAUUUUCCUGGGGCCCUGUGUAAGAAUGAGCUGUGGAGGAGGAGCCCUGAGCUGACCGUAGAGGAGGGGAUGGACCUGGGACAUCAGAGUACCGUGUGUCUGUUGAACCACUUCUUUAUCACACUGUUACAGAUCCCCGAGGAGAGGACACUCAUAGAACCCCUCAAUAAACUGGCUCAACUGCCACAGGACAUGCAGGGUGCUUUCCUUCCCACAAUGCCACAAGAUAAUGUUGCAGAGAUGAGGGAGGCUCUGCUGGCUGCCAGAGGAGUGAACGAUGCAAAUCCAGUAUUCUAUCGUUGCCCAAAUGGUCAUCCAUAUGUAAUUGGAAAUUGUGGCAGACCAGCCAUUGUUGGCAGGUGUAAAGACUGUGGUCAAGAAAUUGGAGGUCAAGGUCACCAAUUAAUAGCUGGCAACAUCCUUGACCAAGGGUUAGAUCAGACGGCCACGGGUCACAUUUUGGGUCGAGCAGAAGGGAGACAACCUGUAGCCAGCCCUGAGAGAAGUCUGUCCCCUAUUGAGUGUGCUAUAGUCAGACUCUUCACCCACAUGGCAAUGUACCUAGGAGCCAGUAUUAACCUUCAGGCUAUACACAGCAUAAUAAAGCCAGACCUAGAUCCUGCAAUAGUCCUGCCAUUCCUGUGGGCUCACAUAGAGAAAGAUCUCCUGACCAUCCAGAGAGCCAUAGGGAAAAGUGUGGACGAUGUCUAUAUCCUGAUACAUAGAAUCUGUAAUGACAUCAUGGAGAAACAUAGAGGUACGCCGGUGAAUCAGGAAAUAUGCUUCUUGGCCAAUAAAAAUAGCAGAAAGAAAUGGGAAGAGGACUUUACCCAAACUUAUGUAUCGCCAGUUCUUCAAGAUAUGAACAGCUUUUUGAAAUCUUUGAAUAAACAACUUGCUAAUGAUCAGAGACUUGGUUCUGACCCUUUGCUGUGCCUGCUGUUUGAGAUAGACAUUCCCUCUGAGCAUUCCUCACCGAGCACUCUUCACAACGUUCCCGCCGUGUGGCGCUACCGCUCUCAGAUAACCAUGGACCACCUACUGCACACCUUACAAGUACAGGGCAGGGCUCAUCAAGUUCUCACCAUGUUCUUACAAGAGGAGCACCAUCUGAGAGCUAUCCGCCUGGUACCAAACAUCCUAAAGCUUCAAAGGAUGUUGGUACAGCGAUACCAGAGAAAGCUGGACAGAGUUGAGGCUUCUAGAAUUUCAAUUGAAGAUAUGAUAGAGUCGUAUGAAAAUGAGGGCAGAGCAGAAGAGAUCAAGAGAUUAGUAAGGGACUUCAUUGAAGCAUGGCAGUGUGUACGUGAACAAAUUUUGACAUUCGCUUUUCCCACCCUGGAAGGAUUGGCAAGGAUACCCAAGGAGUAUUGUCAUAAGUCAAUAACUGAGAGUCACCCUGUAUCUGUAUUGUUACCCACCUUCAGGGAUGCUGGACUCUGCUCCUAUGGCCUCCUCUACUUCUUACUGAAGAAACAAAAUAACUUCCUCCAGGAGUACUGCAAGAAGAAAAAAAUGCAGUACACACAGCUGCCCAAGGUCCCAGUAAAUGACGUGACGUCCCCCCACCUGAUCAGCUACCACCCUGACCGGGACAUCCUCCCCAUGGUCCUGGCCAACUGUCACUACACCUUCCAGGUUGGCAAGGGAACCAAGAUAGAUUACAACUUUGGGGACCUGGAGCGCCAGCUGAUGGACAGAUUCCUGUUCUCCAAGUCGGUCAUAGACAUGCCUGUUUAUGAGUUUGAGAUGAUGACCUACAGAUCAGAGACAACCAAUGCAGUGGUGUUUAGACACCUCAGGCAGAAAAUCAAACAGGAACCUUUGACCCCAGCAGUAGCCAAUCAGAUCAGUGAAGAGAUCAGAGCUUACCCUGACCUCUGUCAGACUCUUGAUAAGCUUGACAUUACCAUCAGCUUCCUGAAAUCUGUAGGGGGUGAUGCGAACAUGUCCUUGGAGAAGUUCAUGACCCAGACUCUUAAAAUGGAAAAUCCAUUCCCCAGUCAAAAAGCUAGAUCUUCCUGUUUGUGCAAGCAUGCUCAAUCUCUCUGGAUCACUUUGGCAAUGGAGAAAACCAAAAGACAAGCUUCACACAAAGAGGAUGCCUUUGAGGGAGUGUCAAGUGAGUUGAGGGUGGACCUCCUCCCUGACCAGCGUGACAUCAUCACUGCGUUCUGUGAGGAACUCUCUGUAGAGAGACUAGAACUCCUGCUGGAAACCCUGUUUGAGUGUAUCAUGUUGACCAUCACGGUCCCCAGAGGAACAGAUGAUGACGAUUUAGACAUGACCAAACUCAGCCUGAGAGACACUCUGAUUGGCUACGUUUCAGCUCCUCAGUAUGACCUUGACCCAAACCACCCAGGAUGGCUGAUGAACUUUGUGGAACAAAUUCCAAAUGAAGGAGAAAACUUUAGGAAAAUUAUAAACAGCCAGGCGGUGGAUGUGUGGCUGUUUUUAUAUGCUAUCUACACUCAAAAACGAAGUGAAAGGAGAUAGAAGUAUUGUGUUGACAAAAGACAAAGUAAAAGUAGAAGAAACUUCUUUAAGAAAAUACAUACAUGUAUAAUGUAUGUGGUCUUUGGACAGAUCGAUAUACAUGUACAUGUAAUACAUGUACAUGUAAUAAAAAUCUUUCAAUUUAAUGAGGGCUUCAAUUUUAUAGAUGCUUAAAACAUAUUCAUGAACUUGGAAAAUGAAACCUUGAUUUUAAUAUUCUAUUUACACAUAAUCCUAUGCAAGUAUUAGGCAUAAUAAUACUUUGCCUUAACAUUUUGGUGAAAUAUACUGUAUGUUGGGACCAAGCCUUAAUAAUGUGAUAAAAAACACAAUUGUGCCAAUAGUAGUAAUAUUAAAAGUUUAUUGCUUUGUGUGUAUUUAAAGAAAAAUGAUUAUUUUUGUUCUUUUAUGGUGAUUUUGAGUUUGCAUAUUUUCAAAUUUUUUUUAAUAUUUUAAGUCAUUUUAGGUAAUAUCAAUCCUAUUUUGUUUGUUGGAAAUUGUGGUCUUAUCUUUAUGUGACUUGUACAGUGCAAUCAAUGUUAAAAUGAUGUUACGCAAUUUUAUGCAAAGAAAGUGCUUUUGAACUUGCAUGAAGUUUAUAAUAUUUGCAGAGAACUUUUUAACAUUUAUUUUUUAUUUUUGGUUUUUAUUGCUUUUGACAUAUAAUAAAAUAUUUCAUUAUCUUCACAUAUAUGUUUGAAGUUUAUGAAUUCAUCAAGAAAGACUAGUUGUAAACAAAUUUUUGA